GGACAUUGUUUUUUUUUCCAAUUUAUUUUUCAGGCUUUUAUUUUGGAAACUGCCUUUAUCUUUUCGAAUGACUCGUUCAAUAACAGGCAUUAUUUUUAAGAGGACAUUUUUGUAAGUUAACAUCAGAGGUGGAACAGAUGCGUGUGAAAACCAGAAUGACUAAUAUUACUUUUCAGAGUACUUUCAUUUUGAAAAUACAUUGGAUCCGAAGCAAAUGUCUCGGUUCAAAUGGUGGGGAAUCCAAAGCGUCGGCGUUUAGGUUUUAAGUCUUUUAUUUUGAAAUUCGCCUUGGCAACGCGUUGGUUUAGCGCUGCCGUUUUCCAGCGUAUCCGAAAAUAGACAAUGUUGCCAGAGUCUGGCUUCACUUGGCCUGACCGCAGUGAUGUCCAGAGGUGAUUUCACGCUGCUCCACGUGAUAACGGCGGCACUUCUUUUGUCAGGCGCCAGAGUUUGUGCGGACGACGUGCCACCCCGUAUCGUGCACCACCCCUCUGAUGUCGUGGUGAAAUUUGGAAAACCCGCCACGUUCUCCUGCCGGGGAGAUGGCAACCCCUUGCCGAGCAUCCAGUGGCUGCACAACGGCCAGCCUCUCCAGAUCUCCAAAGGAGAUGGCCGAGCGCAGCCCAUGGUUUUGUCAGAUGAUAGGCUCUUCUUCCUGAGUGUUGCUGGCAAAUCCCAUGAAGGUAUCUACACGUGCGUGGCUAGGAACAGUGCAGGAACAGCCGUUAGCCACAAUGCGUCCUUGCACAUUGCAGCACUACAGGAGGCCUUCACCGUGCAGCCCAGUGACGUGGAGGUGGCAGAGGGUGAGGUGGCUGUUUUCAACUGCGCCCCCCCGGUGGGACACCCAGAACCUAGCAUUAUGUGGACAAAAGAUGGCUUGCCAAUCAACUACACUGAUUUCCACUACACUGAGCUGAACGGAAAGCUUAUCGUCGCUCCUGCAGAGAAGAACCACUCUGGUGCCUAUGUGUGCGUGGCCAGCAACACUAUGGGGGUGCGCGAGAGCAGAGCCGCUCGACUUACCGUGCUGGCAAAACCCAUUCUAGUGGUCAAGCCGGAAAAUGUCUCGGUGAGAAUGGGAGAGUCUGCCCACUUCUACUGUCAGGCAAAGGGGGACCCUCCACCUGCCGUGGUCUGGAGCAGAGACCAGGGGCCGCUUCCCAAUGGAAGGUAUCUUGUGAAUCCCGACCAGACGCUUCAGAUCCAUUACGUGAGCAGCCAAGAUGCUGGCAAGUACAUUUGCACCGCAAUCAAUGACGUUGGCGUGGUCAGCGCCACUGCACAGCUGCUCGUGGAAGCUGCCGCCAGCACUAAGCAGAAAGAUCUCCAUAUCGAAGUGUCUGCCCUGCGACUGGCUCUGGAAAAUGUCACCAUGCUCGCCCCGGGCUCCAACGACGCUCAAGUGCAAUGGAAGCUCCAGUCAGCACCCAGUCAUUACCUGGACGGCUUUGAAGUCCUCCACCGUUCCCUUCUACCUGCCGGCUCAGACUGGCUUGCAAAAAAGGUGACGGCGGCAAACUUUCACACACACGUGGGCCCGUUAAAGAGAGGCUACGAAUACGAGUUUAAGGUUCGUCCUUACGGCAGCGCUUUAUACGGCCGGGAGAGCAACACCCGGCUCCUGAGAGUUCCGGAGACACUUCCCAGUGCAGCCCCACUGGCUGUGUCCAUAACUAUUAACCACGAUGGCAAUAGCUCUAUCCACCUGAACUGGGAAGCGCCUCCAUCGGAAACUCACAACGGGAUCAUACAAGGUUACCAGGUGUGGUGUGUGGAGUCCGAUGAGCAGCUGUACCAAAACUGGACUUUAGAUAGCAAGCAGCACUGGCUUGAUAUUUUUUCCCUCCAAGCAGGCAAGCGCUACUGGAUUACCCUUGCAGCAGUGAAUGGGGCUGGGGUAGGGGUGCCAAGUGACCCCCAUGGAUUUGUCAUAAAUCCACAGAUAAGGAUGACCUCGGAGUCAGGAAGCCACACACCGGAUCAGUCCCCCUUGCUUACGCUGCUCCAGGAGCCUGUAUUGAUUGGCAUCAGUGGCGCCCUCUUGUGGUGUAUUUUGACCAUUGCAGCUGUUUGCCUCCUGAAACGCCACAGCAAAAUGCGUCACCUAAUACGAGGACGUGAUAGGGCGCCUAAAGGUUUUCAAAGACAAGCCAGUGACGAUAUCUUCAUCAAUCACAGGAUGACAUCUUCAGACUCUCCAUGGAUCUCCGGGAGUUGGAGACCCCCUUUUAACAAGAAGUACCAAGACAUGUGGGCUCAAGAUCACAAACCAAAAGUCCCGAGCAAGAAGCACUCGAGCUGCGUGGACUCGGCUGUUCCCAUGGUGACCGACAACUGCGGCGUCUACGGCACCUUUUACGUUGACCUCAUGGCAAACGGGCUCAAGACCUUCAACAGCCCCAGGCCUUUCCCAAAAAUGCCUCAUGCUUUGCCGCAGGAGCAAGGCUUUGAGACCAUUCAGAUUUUCACGCAGCCACGCACAAGUCAGGAGAUGUUACCGUGGAAACAGUCCAUUCGGCCUCAGCCCAAAAUGGGCCUUUUGAGGGAGUCGUGGCACAAGAAAUACAUCAAGCAAGAGUUACAUGCUGUCAACAGCGUCCCCAUAUUACAAAGCAGGACCCAGGUUCCUCCAUCUUCCCUCAACCCACACCGAUUCAGUCAGGUUCCAUCGGGCCAGCUUGAGUACCGUCAGUUUGCCGACUGUCUUCGGGGGCCGCACGAUUCCGUGUCGCUCCAACUAAUUGAUGCGCGGCCGCCACCGCCGCAACUCUUCAACUUGGACGAAGCGACAGACACGCACAGCGUGAGCUCAGACGAAGGAUCCAGCCGCUCCACAAAGCUCACAAUGGAUCUGGGCUCUCUCCAGUCCGUGUGUGAUAUCUCAGGCGACUACCUGCAGCCAGGUUCCACCAAUACCACUCAGUACCACUCGUACCGAGCUCUAGAUGAAGAACAUGAUGGCACCCUGACGGCGCAGGAAGCCACUCAGUAUCUGGAACUUCAUCCACAACUUGAAAAAUCCAGUGCCCAACCUCUUCGUGAGCUCAAGCCUCGCACUCCGACGGUCCCUGACACUUGGUCCGAGGCCCCGGCGGUCGGAUUACGCCGCGCUCGCUUUCAAAGUUCACCUUCCUCCUGUUACAGUGACUGGGACAGCUCCCUGUGGAAUACCUGGAGCUCCAUUACGGAUGGCAACUUUGCAAGUGCCCGCAGCAGCCUCAUCAGCUCAGUCGAAAGCUGCUACACCAAUGCCAGUAGCAAUUUUGCCCACUUUCUCGCAACAACUGAGUCCGUCUCUGGAGCUUCUCUGUCAGACUUUUCUCCGCCAGCCUCCCCUCUCAGCGGCCUGUUUCCAUCAUUUUGCGCUGAAGGCAAGACACUCCGGGAGAUGGACUCUGUUCCGGCGUGGGACUGGAGCAUGAAGUGGAUGGAGGAAAUGGAGGCUCAGUACAGAGCCCACUAUCCUGCCACAAAUACAAAACCCUUUCAGAUGUAGGAAGGCUCAGGUAUCUAUAGUAAACGCUGUCCAGUCUUAAAUGGGCCACUUUUGGGUUUCCAAAGAGAUGAUUGAUGGAUGGAUGUGUGAGCUCUUUUACACUCUGUCUGAGCUUGUAUUUCGGUCUUUUUUUUCCCUCAGGUCACUUUACGGAAGUAUAUGUAACUAGUGUAUGUAGCAUCCUGCUAAUGACUUUUGUGUUGUCAUUUUGGACCCACACCUUGUAUUAUUUUCACUCAUUAGAGAGGCAGAUAAUGAAGGAAGCUCCCUUGGGAUGUUCUCCCCUGAUGUUUUGGGAAAAAAACAUCCAGUGAGCUUAAGCCCGAGAAAUACAAAGUGAGCUUUCCUCACAGCAGAUGUUUUCUGCAAGAUUUUACAAGAGCUGACAGCCAGCCCCUCAUAUUUACUGGCACACAUUCGGAUUAUUUUGUUCGUACAGACAUAAAAUGGUGGCGCCGGGGAUUUGUGGCUCCAUUCCAACCAUCUGACUGUGGGGCAGUGGUUAUUUAAAGAUGUCAAAAAGUAUUUCUUUAUAUUCACUGUAUGAAUUGCCUUUAUGCAAACAGUAGCUGUAGUUUUGAAGAAGUAGAAGAUAUCUAUCUUUCAAUGUAUUUGCAUUAUAUUUAACUAAUCUGAGAUCAUAUCUGCUUGGAGAUGUUUCAGGAAAUAUUUUCGACUCAUUUAACAGAUUGAUUUGGUAGUUUUGUUGGAAUUAAAUCUUAUUUGACAUUUAAUGAAAUGUUCCAAAAUAAAACGACUGGCAUAUUUCUUAUUUCCAUGCA